AUGGAUGACAAUGAGAAAGACAGGGCAAAGAGGGCUUCACGCAACAAAUCUGAGAAGAAACGAAGGGACCAGUUCAACGUACUCAUCAAAGAACUUAGUACCAUGCUGCAGGGCUCCACACACAAGAUGGACAAGUCUACUGUGCUGCAGAGGACAAUUGAUUUCUUACAGAAACAAAAAGAACUGUCAGCCCAGACAGAAGCUUGUGAAAUCAGGCAGGAUUGGAAGCCUUCUUUUCUUAGUAAUGAAGAGUUCACACAGUUGAUGUUGGAAGCUUUAGAUGGGUUUCUCAUAGCACUUAGUGAGGACGGAAACAUAAUUUAUAUCUCCGACAGUGUUUCUUCAUUGCUUGGGCAUUUACCAUCAGAUCUAGUGGACCAAAAUAUAUUGAAUUUCCUGCCGGAGCAGGAACAUGCAGAAGUAUACAAGCUGCUGUCGAACCAGAUGCUAAUGACAGACCCGGUUACACGUGAUUAUCUGAACAGUCAAAAUCACAUUGAGUUUUGUUGUCAUUUUUCAAGAGGGUCAUUAGACCCGAAAGAACCCCUUACGUAUGAAUAUGUAAAAUUUGUAGGAAGCUUUAGAUUUCACAAUAUUGUGCCUAUGUCUUCUUGUAAUGGCUUUGAAUCAGCCAUUUCAAGGUCAUUUAGAUCUGCAGCAAAGGAACAAAUCUGCCUUGUGGCUACUGUGCGCCUUGUCAUCCCACAGUUUUUAAAGGAACUGUGCAAUGUGGAAGAAUCAUGUGAAGAAUUUACAUCACGGCAUAGCUUAGAGUGGAAGUUCCUAUUCCUGGAUCACAGGGCCCCUCCAAUUAUAGGUUACUUACCAUUCGAAGUGCUAGGAACAUCUGGCUAUGAUUACUACCACGUUGAUGACCUGGAACUUCUAGCAAGAUGCCAUGAACACUUGAUGCAGUUUGGGAAGGGCAAGUCUUGUUAUUAUCGUUUCUUGACCAAAGGACAGCGGUGGAUUUGGCUCCAGACUCAUUACUACAUCACCUAUCACCAGUGGAAUUCCAAGCCCGAGUUUAUUGUCUGCACGCACACUAUAGUGAGCUAUGUGGAAGUCAGAUCAGAAAGACGACGGGAACAGAACCUCGAGGAAUCUUCCCCUGAAAUCCUGCCUCCGGCAGCCCUGAAGACUCAAAACUGCAGGCAAUGUGGAAGUGCUCAGGACAUUACCAUAGAGAGACUCAGCGGCAGUCGACCAUGUUCAGUGUCAUCUCCAAGUUCGCAUAAAUCCUCUCACACCGCACUGUCAGACACUCCAUCAACACAGUCCAAAGUGUACACAGAAGCAAGCACACCUUCCAAACAAUCAGUGAAUACAAGCUUGCAGGACAAGUCAUUACAGAGACCACAGCAAGCUAGCACUCAGGUCUUGAUGACAGUACCACCAUCACCUGAUGCACAACAGCCACCAAUGCCUCCAGCUGCAAUCUCCACUCAACAAACUCCCUUGCCCGUGUACCGGUGUCCUGCACAGCUGGGAGUAAUGCACCAGCUAAAGGAACAGCUGGAGGAGAGGACACGCAUCUUACAGGCAAAUAUAAAGACACAACAGGAGGAGCUCCAUCAUAUAAAGGAGCAGCUGCAGCUUGUGCAUGAUUCCAAUCUUCAGAUGUUGCUUCAACAACCCAAUUCACUUGGAUUCAGUGCAAUGGAACAUCAAGAUCAAGGUCAGCACCAGCAGCAACAACAGCAGCAGCAACCAGGAAUUAUCAUGCAAAACCCUUGCCUAUCCAGCAAACAGCUGCAAGCUCUUGUAGGCUCUGAACUACGUGGUCAGCAGUUGCCUUCUUCUCAACAACUCCUCAGGGAACCAAGUGUGAAAUCAAUGCAGGUUCAACAGCAGUUCAUGAAAGGAAGUCAACUGCAACAAGCCAACUUGCAAAUCCAAUCACAUAACAGUCUGGUCACCCCACUCUUCAGUAACCCCAUGAUGUUUUCCCAGACUCCAACAGUGCCCUUCCCUAUUUCACUGCCCUCUGAUGUCAGUCAGAGCCACUCAACUACAGAAUAUGGCCACGACCGACAACUAAGGUUAUUUUUGAAUCAACCCAUUCUUUCUAAUAUGCCAAACAGCAGUGGAAAUGAACAGCCAUCACAGAAUAAUACAGCCAGACAACAGGCAAAGUAUAUCCAAGAUCAGCAGAUGCUGACAGCGCUAGCAAUGCAACCAAUCAGCUGUAGUGCGGUCAUUGUCCCUUCUCCAAGCUCCGUGGCUAUCCAACAUCAAAGCUUCUCUUCACACCAGCAGGCCUCUAUCCAACAGCAACAUGCUCAUCAUUCCAUGCAGGCCCAACAGCAGCAUCAAUAUCUUCAGCAAGUGCCACCAAGUGGAAUGAUACAAGGUGACCAGUUGCAACCUCUUUUCCUGGCAUCACCUCCUCAUGUUAACAUGGGGUACCUCUCGCAACAUCAACCCCACGGGAGACAAAACGGUACCAGCGACCUCUCAGACCUGUCCAACGUUCAGUUGCCGCGGUAA